AUGCCGUUCAAGCACGACGAAGUGUCCACCAACGUUUGGUACUACGUGCACGACGCCACAGCGCACUCUGCGAAGCCCCACCACAAGAAGUCGCAUCAUAGGAAGAACCACCACAAAUCAGCGCCAAAAUCCGCAAAAAUGGCUCAGAAACCCACGUCGAAGGCGACAAACCACGUGAAUUUGGAGCUUUUCGACUUCGACUGCAACUUGACACAUGAACAUCUUCGUGGUAACGUUGCUGCGUUGAUGCAACAAGCCGCAUCUGUCGGUGUAAAGGAGAUGUUGGUACCUGGAGCCACCAUCGAGGAGUCUCAACAAGCCAUCGAACUCUGCAGACUACACCCUACCAAGCUCUUCCCGACGGCUGGAGUGCAUCCCUACAAUGCACGAGCAAUGCCAAACGAAGAGGAACUCAACACCCUACGAGGCCUUAUAGAAAUGGAGGAAGUGCGAGCAGUGGGGGAGUGUGGUCUGGAUUACUUGCCUACUUUUCCUGAGCCGGAGUUCCAGAAAAAGUGGUUCGCCGAGCAGCUCACGAUGGCCUGUGCGUUGAAGAAGCCUCUGUUCCUACACGAACGUCUGGCGCAUCAAGACUUUAUCCAUCUGAUCGAUGAAGCGAAAGAGAAAGCUGGAGGAUAUUUCCCUCCGGCAGUGGUGCAUUGUUUUACUGGCAAUGAGGAUGAGCUGAAGGCGUAUAUUGCACGUGGCGACGACUGGAGUUGCACUGAAAGAAAUGGUGAAACAUGUCCCACUGGAUCGCCUUGUAUUGGAGACAGAUGCGCCGUAUAUGGGAUUUCCCAAAUGUCGACGGGCUGA